AUGACUCCGACCCCGACAUUCUCGGAAAAUGGCUCCACAAGCUCGAAUAUGCCUCUGCGUCCUGCUCUCAAGCCGAGCGACGAACAGGAACCUUUGAGUCCGAGGACUGGUCCCAAGGUCGUUUCAAUUGCAGAACCAGAGCCAGAGCCAGAGCCAGAACACUCAGCCCUUCCAGAACCACUUUACGAAACCUAUCCGAGACAUCGCCAACAUAGCGCAGGCGUGGCCACGAGACGCUUGAGUGGAAGGCCUGGCUUGCAGGCCAACUCUUCUUCGAGAUUGUCGUUGGUGAGCCAGAGUAGUGUGGAGGAUAGCGAGACAAGCAAUCUCGAGCAAGGGAAAUCUGGACACGAGCAUGGGAAACCCCGACAUGAGAAACACCACCAUGAGAAACUGCUUACCCAGGUCGCGGAAUGGCUACAAGCAGAGAAAGCCAAGAGGGCUGCCAGACGAUCGAAAAAGAGAGGAGGGAAGAAUAGAGAUGAAGGCACUGAACAGCAGAGACCGCGCACUGCGUCCGUAAGUUCGGACUCGAGUGCUAUCUCGCUGGAGAAGCUACAGAGGAUUAUAGAGGAUAAUAUGUCUGCAUUCGGCAUAGAGAACCCGCUCGAUUCCCCCAGGAGACACGGUUUACACCGACGACGGCAUUCUUCUGCGCGGGGAAAGCACGGCGGAUUCGCAAGUUCAGAUACAGAGUACCAGGAUGGUGAUAUCGUUGUUCCGUCCUGCGACGUCGUGCUCGAUAAUUCUAAAACCAUGUCAUUUACAGGGGGAGCAGCGGUUAUGGAGUCUUCGGAUAACACUGUUACGAUGAGUACCAGCAGGCGUGUGGAGAAGGAGAAGAAGGCUUGGUUGCAGUUCAAGUCGGAGAUUGUCCGGUUGGCUCAUACACUCCGGCUCAAGGGUUGGAAGAGAGUACCACUUGAACGAGGUGGCGAAAUUGAAGUCGAGAGAUUGAGCGGUGCUCUCACGAAUGCCGUCUACGUCGUCUCACCCCCCAAGGAACUCCCUUCAGACCCAAAGACCCCCUCCCAGAAACAACCCCCGAAACUACUCCUCCGCAUCUACGGCCCGCAAGUGGAGCACCUUAUUGACAGGGAGAACGAGCUAGGGAUCUUGAGACGGCUGGCGAGGAAGAAGAUUGGGCCAAGAUUGUUAGGCACGUUUAGAAAUGGACGCUUUGAGGAGUUUUUCAACGCGCAGACGCUCAAGGCAGAGGAUUUGAGGGUCGAGGAUACGAUGAAACAGAUUGCGAAACGGAUGCGCGAACUUCAUGAGGGUGUUGAUCUACUUGAUCGCGAGCGGGAAGAAGGUCCUUUUGUGUUGCGGAAUUGGGAUAAGUGGGUUGACCGUUGCGAAGAAGUGAUUACUUAUCUAGAUGGAGAGAUUUUGGGUCAGCGGAAAGGCAAGGGAGAGAGUUGGCGCGAGAGGGGAUUGGUGUGUGGAGUCGAGUGGAAAGUUUUCAAGGGGGCUGUGGAUAGGUAUCGGAAGUGGUUGGGGGAGUAUUAUAAGAUGAGGGGUGGUGUGGAGAAAAGACUCGUGUUUGCUCAUAACGAUACACAAUACGGCAAUAUCCUCCGCCUAAUCCCACCCACGCCACCACAAUCCUCCAAACCCCGGCCCCCACCAUCUCCCCUCCUCCUCCCUCAAAACCACCACAAGCAACUCAUCGUCAUCGAUUUUGAGUACGCCUCUGCCAACACCCCCGGCCUCGAAUUCGCAAAUCACUUCACGGAAUGGUGCUAUAACUACACGUCCGCGACUUUCCCAGAAGCCUGCCAUGCCUCCACGUACCCCACAGUCGAGCAGCAAAAACUCUUCAUCAAGAACUAUGUAAACCACCGUCCGCAGUUCAAUGCCCGAACGCCAAAAAUGCAGCCCAUGGACAGUUCCUCCUCCAUCGCAUCAACUCCCACCCCUACCACAUCAGGGAUGCGCGGCGGCGUAAACGAGUUUUUGCUUGAUUCCCGCGCACCUGGCGGCGGUGGCGCGAGUACGUCUUCCCUCAACCUCAACGUAAUCCAAGAUCACGCCCCACAAAAAAGCAUAUUGAGGGCAGACGAACACGCAUAUUUCGCAGAAGAAGAACGGAGGCGCGAGGCAGAGGUUGAACAAGAAGUGCUGUUGCUGAUGGAGGAAACUCGUAUUUGGAGGGUGGCGAAUAGUGCGCAAUGGGUUGCGUGGGGGAUCGUACAGGCGGAAUUACCUGCUGAUUGUCCUUGCGCGGACACAGACACCGCAAGUGGUGAAGGAGUAGUCGAGGAACCGGAACAGAAAUCGGGAGAACAAGUUGAUUUGAAUGUGGAUGUGGAUGAGAAUGGAGGCUUGCAGAAAGGCUCGGAAGGAAUCAAAGCCGAGGCGCUGCUAAACGGGGAGACGGCUAAAGAGGGCGAAGCUGAGGGGGAAGCGGAAGGGGAGGAUGAUUCGUUUGAUUACCUACUUUAUGCGCAUGAGCGCGCGUUGUUUUUCUGGGGCGACGUGGUUGCGUUGGGGAUAGUGAGCAAGGAGGAGUUGCCGGCGGAGUUGGUGCAUGCGUUGAAGGUCGUUGAGUAUUGA